AUGAGCAAUGAUCAAUUCCAAAGAGCACAGCAGGCUAUGAAUAUUGAUCAAAGACAAUUGUUCAUCUUGAUAACAGAGAGUAUCAAAAUUAAACUUAAUGGUGAUAUUAAACGAGAGAAAAAUUUUGUAACUGGUGGAGCAGGCACCGGAAAAACUUUCCUCUUUAAUCUAUUAAAAAACCAAGUUAACCGAUGCUAUGGAAAAUCGGUUGUGAAAAUUGGUGCUCUUACUGGAGUCGCAGCACGGUUGGUCGGUGGAUCUACACUACACCGUCUGCUAAAACUACCAGUACAAAAAGAUGGAGUUAUCGUUACCAUGCCACUUCUAACUGGUAAUUAUUUAAGAGUGAUGCGCCAAUUAUGGCAAAACGUUGAGUUUAUGUUUAUAGAUGAAAUUUCUAUGGUACCUUAUGAGAUGCUUUGCAUGAUCGACUCUCGUUUGCGUCAACUGAAAAGCCCGGACGCUUGUUUUGGAGGUAUAAAUGUUUUACUGUUUGGUGAUCUGAUGCAGUUACCACCUGUCCGAGGACAUAAAGUAUUUCAACAACCAGAACACAUGAAACCCGCGACACAUUUGUGGCGGCAAUUCCGCCUGGUUGAACUCAAACAAAACAUGCGUCAACAAGGAGACACGACAUUUAUCGAUGUGCUUUACGCCCUAAGAGUUGGAGAAUUAACGGCGAAGCAUCUUGAAGUUCUUCUUGGUAAAGUUUCAACAGAUACUACUGAAGAAUUCUCGAUUGAGAGAGCUUUGAGGAUUUAUCCAACAAAUGACCAAGUUGCUAGACAUAACGAAAAAGUUCUUCAGAGUUUUCAGGAUAAAGGGACUACUAUUUAUACAAUUAAAGCACAAGACCAACUCAUUGAUGCGACACGUAAUUUAGGGAAUAAAGACUUAAACUCUAUAAUACCGAAUGAUAUCAAUAAAACAGGAGGUCUUCCUAAUGUAUUGAAAAUAUUCGUAGGAGCUAAAGUGAUGUUAAGGUCAAACAUUGAUGUGUCAAAAGGUUUAGUGAAUGGUAACAUGGGUUUUAUUACAGAAAUUAUAUGGGCAAAUUUUCGUAGGGACCAAAUAUAUGCGGAAGACAUCCCGUCAGUCCGUAUUAAUUUCGGUUCAGAUGGUGAACACGUAAUUAAACCAAUAUCGAUACAAUUUCCAGCAAAAUACAGCUAUGGCAAAAUAUAA